AUGUCUCCAAAAAGAGACAAAUAUGAAAUUCGGUUUCCCCCGAUUACCCCCUCACAAAAGCCUCCGAAGCGCGUCGACCCCCAGGAACUCCGAAGGGAGAUCAAGAUCCGUGGCUUUUCCACCCGGCUCACUGAAAGAGUGGAAUUGAGACGAACAAGGAUCAUGGAUCGGGCAAUGCGCAAUAAGCGAACCACAUGCCUCUUCCAGUAA